AUGGCAUCCGACUUGACAUCCCGUUACCAGCCAGAGUUUGCUCAAUGGUUCGAACCCUUGAAGGAGAGCUUCCAAGGGGCAGACGCGAAUCUUCAUGAUCUGCAACUACGCCGACGGACCUAUGAGGCCACCAUUGAACAAAUCAUUAGUGCUUGGCCAGAGUACCCCAACGUCGAACGUGUCCUCUACCAUGCUCAAGCAGGGGAUGGCCAUCAGAUUCCUGUGUACGCCUUUGUUAAGAGAGUCAGGGCAGUCGUUGCUCCGAACCCUUCGAAAGCGACGGCGGGCGUCCUCCAUAUCCACGGUGGAGGAAUGAUCUUGGGCACCGUGGAACUGUUUACCAAGUUCAUCGCGCGGCAGGUGGAGGAAACGUCGGUCCCGUUCUUCAGCGUGGAGUAUCGACGGGCGCCAGAAUUCGGGGGCACUACACUCGUUGAUGAUUGCUACGCAGGCCUCGUCUGGCUGCGGACCCAUGCCGCGCAGUUCAACAUCGACGUCUCCAGAAUUGCAGUUGUGGGAGAGAGCGCAGGUGGAGGUCUGGCGGCCGGCGUGGCGCUGAAGGCGCGUGACCAAGGCCUCCAACCUCCGCUUGCCAAACAGAUCCUCAUCUACCCAAUGCUCGAUGAUAGAAACAUAAUCCCAAAUCCAGAAAUGGCACCGUGGGUGUUUUACACAUGGGAGGAGAAUGAAGUUGGUUGGGCCGCCGUUCUCGGCAAGGACAAAGCGGGAAAUCCCCAAGCAGACGUGUCGGAGUAUGUGGCUCCUGCCCGAGCCAAGAGUGUGGCCGGUCUCCCAUCGACCUACCUCGACGUUGGCUCUUUGGACAUUUUCGUCACCGAAAGUCUCGUGUACGCAAGUCGAUUGAUGGCGGAGAACAUUGAGGUGGAAUUCCACCUCUAUCCAGGGUUACCGCACGGAUAUGAUCUUUUUGCAAGCGGGCUAGAGGUUUCAAAGCGGUGUUUUGAGAACAGGAAAAGAGCCAUAAUGAGUCUCUAA